AUGGAAAGCCUUGGAGCAAGUGAAUUGGUUGCCUGGUUCCAAUCUCAAAAUGGCACGCUUGACUCAGAGAGUAUGGGCAUCGUAACUUUUCGCGGCCAAGGACGCGGCGCGAUCGCCCUGAAAAACAUCCCGGAGGAUCACGUACUGUUCAGCUUCCCCCGUGAUCUGACGCUCUCGACACGAACUUCCACACUCCCUUUGCUCAUGGGCGACGCGUGGAAAGCGCAUGGACUGCACGAAGGCUGGGCCGGACUCAUUCUUUGCAUGAUGUGGGAGGAGUCGCGCAGCGCGGAGUCCAAAUGGUCUGGGUACCUUGCCGCGUUGCCCCAGACGUUUGACACGCCCAUGUUCUGGCCGGAGGAAGACCUGAAGGAGCUGCAAGGCACUGCUGUGGUAGACAAAAUAGGCAGGGGUGAAGCUGAGCGGGACUACCACGAGAAACUAGUGCCUGCGAUAAAGAGUCGCCUCGACUUGUUCCCUGAGCAACUCAUUCCCCAGUACUUCACGCCCGAGCGGUAUCACCUAAACGGUAGCCGCAUCCUCUCGCGCAGUUUCCAUGUCGAGAAGUGGAAACGCGAGCACGGCGAAGAAGAUGACAACGACGACGAUGCCGCAAAAGAGCCCGGAAACGAUAGCGCCAUGGACAUCGACGUACCCGAGGCGACUGAGUCUGCGCCCCAGCCUCCGCCACCGGAGAUCGACGCCGAACGAGAAGAACCAGACGCGGAGGAGGUCCACGUCGAGGGAUUCGACGAAGACUCCGACGAUGAAGACCGGGAGGACCCUGCUGACGUCGCGAUGGUCCCCAUAGCGGACAUGCUCAACGCGCGAUUCGAGUCGGAAAACGCGAAGCUUUUCUACGAGGAGCAUGAGUUGAAGAUGAUGUCCACAAGACCCAUCAAGAUCGGAGAACAGAUAUGGAACACAUAUGGCGACCCACCAAAUUCAGACCUCCUCCGCCGAUAUGGCCACGUCGACCUCGUACCCCUUCGUCCGCCACUCAAGGGCGUCGGAAACCCUGAAGACGUAGUUGAGGUCCGCGCCGACCUAGUGGUGAAGAUCGCGUCGAAAAGGGUCAAACACAACCUGCAAGAACGAGUGGACUGGUGGCUAGAGGAAGCCGACGACGAUGUGUUCGUGCUUCGUACAGGCUGCCAGCUCCCGGACGAAUUCGUGUCCUUCGAGCGCCUCCUCUUGCUUCCGAAAGACGACAAGCUGCCGAAACCGAAGGCUGACAAGGAGUCGAUCGUAAUUGCUAUUGAGGCUCUUGAAAUGCGAAUGGAGGAGUACGCGACAAGCAUAGAGGAGGAUGAGCAGCUACUCGAGCCCAGGAGUGUAAACCAGCUGUCUGUGAACAAAAAGAACGCCGUUAUCGUGCGCCUUGGCGAGAAGAGGAUAUUGCGGGGGGCGAUUGAGCAGUUGCGAUUGCAGUUGGAGAGCUUCUCCAAACGCACUACAAAGAAGCGCAGUCGCGAGGAGGAGAAGGACGGGAAAGGGAAGAAGGCAAAGAUAUGA